AUGGCGAGUGAGUGUUCAAGUUCCGUUACGGCACGAUUCAAAUGCCUGCUUUGCAUGGCCAGCUUUGUGCCCGUUCCGCCUCUCGCCUUUCGCCAAGCUGAUCGUCGCUGUGCCUGGCGCAGAAUGUUAGGUGCUAAUAAACCUGGGAGUCAUGUUUAUUCGAUAUUAUGA